CAGAAGAGCAUCAUGUGAUUCCAUUAUCAGCUGCUACAGUCGCCUCGCCAGUCAUUCUAUAUCAGCUAGCCACAUAGACUAUACAGGAUCCCUUAAUUUUUACGCGUUAAGCUCCUUUUUUGUUCGUGGUACCACAUUCAAAGAGUAAGAGAGUGGAGUAUGCCACACUUCAGAGCAUCUUAAGAAGCAAACAUAGUACACCUUCUUCUGGCUGGAAUCCCUCUCCUUGCUGAGGGUAAAAAACACAGAACUCACGAUGAGGGGUGUGAGUGUGUGUGUAAGUGUGUGUGCGCUGUUUUUGCUGAGUGUGUGUUCAGCCCUCAUCUGUCCUGAUGGAGGCAUGUGUGAGGAUGGAGACACCUGCUGCCAGACGCCGUCUGGGGGCUACGGCUGCUGCCCGUUGCCCAACGCAGAGUGCUGCUCAGAUCAUUUGCACUGCUGUUUCCAGGGGACACUGUGUGAUCUGGAACACUCCAAGUGCAUCAACAAGACUCACUCUCUGCCUCUAGUCAUGAGGAGACCAGCCAGACCACCCACUCCAUCUCUGCCCUGGGAGGAUGAACUUGCGGUCAUCUGCCCCGACGAGGAAUCCGAGUGCCCAGACGGAACCACCUGCUGCCAGCUGAUCGACGGCACCUGGGGAUGCUGCCCCUUGGCAAACGCGGUGUGUUGUGAGGACAAACGACACUGCUGCCCUGAGAGAACCAAGUGUGAUCUAGAACAUUCCAAAUGUGUGUCUGCCACACUGGGAUCCACUCCUAUGUGGAGGAAGUUCCGCGCCCGCAAGAGAGCGCACUCACCAGAUAGGAGUGUGGGCUCCAUCACCUGCCCAGGUGCCAAAUCCGCCUGUCCUGACGACACUACUUGCUGCUUGAUGAAGUCUGGAAGCUAUGGCUGCUGUCCUUACCCUGACGCUGUGUGUUGCAGUGACAAGGUCCACUGUUGCCCCAACGGCACCACCUGUGACCUGGAGCAGCAGAUGUGUACGUCCUCACGCACACAGACACACUUCCCUCUGGCCCAAAAGCAACCCGCUCUGCUCAUUCGACUGCCUGCUGCCAAAGAUGUGGUCUGUCCUGAUAAAAUCUCCACCUGUCCUGACGAAACCACCUGCUGUGCCCUCGGCAAUGGCAGCUACGGAUGCUGCCCCAUGCCAAAGGCGGUGUGUUGCUCUGAUCACCUGCACUGCUGUCCGGAGGGCACGACCUGUGAUCUCGCCAAGAGCACCUGUAUGUCCACCAACGGACGCAUCGCCUGGGCAACCAAAAUCCCAGCUCUAACCCCACCCCAGAUCAGAGCUUCGGCGGUGCCCUGUAAUGACUCGGUGGCGUGCGCCGAUGGGAGCACCUGCUGUAAAACUGCAUCUGGCGUCUGGGCCUGCUGCCCCCUGGAGGAGGCGGUGUGUUGCCCCGACCACACCCACUGUUGCCCCCACGACACGGUGUGCAACGAGCGGGCCAGCACCUGCGACGACCCCACCGACCCCCUGGCCUCCGUGCCCUGGCUGGAGAAGACGUCCACCUUCGCCCUGGACACGCAGCCACCCAAUACCAAGUGUGACGAGAGCAAGUCCUGCCCAGACACCUACACCUGCUGCAAGACGACCGCUGGGGGAUGGGGAUGCUGCCCGCUACCUGAGGCCGUAUGCUGUGAGGACCACCUGCACUGUUGCCCCCAUGGCACCACCUGUAACCUGCCGGCCAGCACCUGUGACAGCGCCCGCGGCCCCGUGCCCCUGGUGAGGAAGGUGCCCGCCCUGAGCGCCACGUUGCCCGCCGCGCCGGUGCCAUCCCAUGGGCUCAUGUGUGACGGGCACACCAGUUGCCCCGACGACAACACCUGCUGCUUCAUGCACAAAGCCGGCAAGUGGGGCUGCUGCCCACUCCGUCAGGCGGUCUGCUGUAGCUCAGGUGACCACUGCUGUCCCAGUGGCUUCACCUGUGACGAGAAGCACACGUCCUGCACCAAAGGUCGCCUUGAGAUCCCCUGGUACAGGAAGCAGGAGGCCCGGGUCGUCCAGGGGUCGGCAGGGUCAGAGGUCGCAGAGGGUGUGAUGGACGUGAAGUGUGACGACGAGAGCAGCUGUGCGGCGGGCUCCACGUGCUGUAAACUACCCACUGGAGACUGGGGCUGCUGUCCUCUGGUCAAGGCGGUGUGCUGUAGCGACCACGAGCACUGCUGUCCGCAGGGCUACACCUGUGCGCUGGAGUCCGGUACCUGUGUGAAGCCCUCGGACCGGGCCGCCGCGGUCCCCCUCUCGCCGCUGUCCGAGGCCCAGCAGCCCUCCCAGGAUGUGCAGUGUGACGCCGAGACCCGCUGCGACACUGACCAGACCUGCUGCAGGACCUCCCCCGACAGCUGGGCCUGCUGCCCCUACAAGAGGGCGGUGUGUUGUCCUGACAUGAAGAACUGCUGCCCCAUGGGAUACAUCUGCAAUGCUGAGAUCCAGGGCUGCUCCAAGGGCUCCACGGGCUCCAAAGGCUCCAAGGGCUCCACACUCACCUGGUGGGACAACAAGUUCUGAGAACCACCUAGAGACUGAGCAGUUGCACUACUAUCUAUAUAUAUAUAUAUACACACACACACACACACUUGCACAGAAUAGUCUACAAAAAACAGUCUGUGAAAAAAUCCAAACACUGGUUAAAUACACACACACACACACACACACACACACACACACACACACACACUCUUUCUUCUCAGACAUCUUGCUGAACUGACACACACUCCAGUCCAGUGCUGUUGGGUCUGGACCUCUGGAACAGAAGGGACCUUCCUCUCUCUCUUGUAGUUCCUCUCCUAGUCUUUCAAAAUCAGCCAUCUACUCAAACACUCAUUUCAUGUCUUUUCAUUUCAGAGUAGCUGCCACAAGCGCACCAAGUGAAAGAGACUUUUUUUUUAUUUCCCAAAAGCCUCCUCACCCGUAUGUCUGUUCUGCUUCCUGUAUGUCUGUCAUCUGCUUGUGUUCUAAUCCGCUCGUACCUAGGAACUGUCUAGUGAGUCUCGGUUCUCUCUCACAGUAGAUGAUUAUGUUUCAUGUCACUGUAAACUAAUGCUGAGAUGGGCGAUGAGGGGGUUGUUUUUAUUUUAUUUACACUUGAGUCAUUUUCCUGUGUCAUUCAAGCAGGCGUGUUGUCUGUAGUCCCAGCAUUUCGAGGUGGCAAUCAGAGGGACAUGAAUGUAACCGAAGUCCCUCUGCUUUGAAGGAGGUUCUGUGGGUGUGCUGAACUUGUCACCCAGGUAACAGAGUUUUCCUUGAUGUGGGCUGUCAGGGUUGUAAGCUGGUCCCCCCCACUUACCAGAGUUUCCUCGGAUUCGAGGUGUUGGUGUGGUAAACCGGCUAUCCAGUUGGCAGGAACAUUAUGGGAUGGAACUGGGCCCGUACAUGGCCUUCACCUGAUCUAGACCCCAACCCUGACCCCACACCUGGCCCCUCACCUGAUCUAGACCCCAACCCUGACCCCACACCUGGCCCCUCACCUGAUCUAGACCCCAACCCUGACCCCACACCUGGCCCCUCACCUGAUCUAGACCCCAACCCUGACCCCACACCUGGCCCCUCACCUGAUCUAGACCCCAACCCUGACCCCGUGUGAUUGAGCCCAGACUGAGAGGCUGUUUGGGAACAGCAGACAAAUGCCAUCAGUGUUUUUGUCGCAACCUCUGAGGCAUAGCUGAUUCAUAAGGAAAGUUAAGAACUUUGAUUAGAAAAGGUGGAAGUCAAAUCAUAAAUCCAAAGAGUUUUAGAGCCUUUUUUUAGUAACCUCUGUGACUGUUCAUUACGGAGCCAAAAACGCAUGACUUCAGGAUAACCCUGUGGCUUCCUGGUUGAUUACAGCCAAGUAAGACUGACCAGCAGUGCAGUUUUGUGUCUGAAUGUCCACCCCCAGGAUCUGUGUGGUCCAUGUGCAUGCACUCCCUACUCCUCCUCGUUUCCUGUUUGGAUUGUCAUGACAACACAUCAAACCUGCAUCCCUGAUACCUGCUGUUGCACCAGCUGCUUCCACUUUUAGUGUCACUAAUGCUUUUUAUUCAUGUCAAUCAAAUCAGUGUUAGCACAGCUUUUAAUUUUAGUUUUAGCUCAUGCACUUAAGAGUGACUUCUGGUUAAAUAGGGUGUGCCUUAUCGUCCUAGAAAUUCAGCUAGCUGCUUACCCAAAUGUAACAUCAAUCCAGAAGGUGGCCAGGCCCUGGGCAUAGGCAGGACAUUGCAGUUAUCUGGUCCAGGUGAGGGCAGCGUCAUGCUUCACAAAGUUAGGUGUUAGCUCCUUCUCCAUGCUGUUUGAAGGGCCUCAUUCUCCCAUGAUCCUCAGGGUGGGGUUUCCUGCUUGACACAUGGGUCUUGUGUGUCCAGUGAGGAUGAUUUACAGCUAGAGUCUGAACCAUCUGAUUCAAAUUUGUUUUAAAAAACAUGGUUAUUUUUUAGUGUAUCUCUUUUAUGGUCAGAGUCAAAACAACCUCUUGACUUUUAGGAAAUUUUACGGAUGGCGGAAAGCGACAGAUUGUCUUUGGACAAGGAAUAAAGAGCUGGCUUUACUCUGGAUCUGUUUUUAUUUUACUAUUAAGUGAUUUUUGAUUAUUACUUUGUUUGAAGUGGAUCGGUUGUCUUUUGUUUAUAAUUAUUCAAGUGAAGGAUUAAGAUGGAAAAUAAAAAAAAAAGGAAAGAAAACCAUUAA